AGUGCGCAGAAUCGGCCGGCAGAGCGGGCUCCGGGCUCCCCUCCGCCGUCAGCGACUGCGAACGGGAUGGCUGGUGCCGACAGGUCCGGGUGGCCGGGCCUGGACUGCAGCAUCGUCAUCGUGGGCUGCGGCAUAGCGGGGGUGGCGGCGGCGCGGCGGCUGGCGGAGCACGGCUUCAGCCGGCUGCGCAUCGUCGAGGCGAAGGAGCGGCGUGGCGGCCGCAUCUGGAGCCGCGGCUUCGCAAAAGGUUUGAUUGAAAUGGGAGCACAGUGGAUCCAUGGCCCCUCGAAGCAGAAUGCUGUAUUUCAGUUAGCCAGCCAGUACCAUCUACUGGAUGAAGCAGCAAUGUCAGAGGAGAACCAGGCUGUGCAAUUAAACACACACCUACCAGCUGUGUCAAUCUGUUACACCAGCUCAGGGAAGAGAGUAGACCCAGAGAUAUCAGCCUCCAUGGAAGAACUGUAUUCAGUGCUUAUUCUGAAAAGCAGAGAGUUCUUCCAGUCAAAGGCAGAACCUGUCCAGAGUUUGGGUGAAUUUCUGAAGCGUGAAAUUGCUCGCUGUGCAGAAGAGUGGAAAGAUGAUGAGGAAGUGUGCAAUCUUAAACUUGCUCUGCUGAAUGUAGAAUUCAAGAUAGAAUGUUGUGUUGCUGGAACUGACAGCUUAGAUUUGUUGGCACUCCAGCCUUUCGGCGAGUACGUGAUUUUACCUGGAAUUGAUUGCACCUUUCCAAGUGGAUUUAACAGCCUCAUUGAUGAAAUGAUGAAAUCCCUGCCAAAGGAUAUUGUGUCAUUCAACAAGCCAGUUAAAUACAUUCAUUGGAACGGUUCCUUCAAAACACCAGAAGCACCGGAACACUCUUACUCUGUUCUGGUGGAGUGUGAAAAUGGCGAGAUUAUACCAGCAGAUCAUGUUAUAGUCACUGUUCCUUUAGGUUUCCUUAAGGAAAAUUAUGAAACUUUCUUCCGUCCCCCACUUCCUCCCAGCAAAAUCAAUUCCAUUCAGAAAGUGGGUUUUGGAACAAAUAAUAAAAUCUUCCUAGAAUUUGAGGAGCCAUUUUGGGAACCAGAAUGUGAUUUGAUCAAACUGGUCUGGGAGGAUGAAUCUCCAUUAAAUAAUCGGUCACCAGAUCUGCAAAAGACAUGGUUCAGGAAGAUCCUUGGCUUUAUCAUCCUCAAACCAGCAGAAAGAUACGGCCACGUUCUCUUAGCUGUGCUUGCUGGGCAGGAAGCCAACUUUAUGGAGCAGUUACCUGAUUCUGAAGUUAAAGAUUGUUUGACACAAGUCAUACACCAAUUUACAGGAAACCCCUUAAUACCUCCACCAAAGAAUAUACUGCGAUCAAAAUGGCACAGUGAUCGGUUCACAAAGGGAUCCUACAGUUAUACCGAAGUUGGCAGUUCAGGUGAUGAUAUUGAUAUCAUUGCACAACCUCUACCAUCAAAGUCUGCAAAGGAACAGCCUUUGCAGGUGCUUUUUGCUGGCGAAGCCACUCACCGGACAUUUUAUUCUACCACCCAUGGUGCCUUGGAAUCAGGACAGAGGGAAGCUGAUCGUCUGAGAGACCACUAUUGGCUUCACAUCUCCAGAAAUCCCAAACUUUAAAACUUCAUUCAUCAUUCUAAAGGCACGCUUAUCAUCUGUCUUUUAUAAUUAAACUUCUUAGAUAGUCCAAGUAUCUAAUCUAAAUUUAGCUGCAAGUUGAAAUGGUUAAUUAUUAUUGAAUGCCUUUUAUGAAUCAUGUUGCUGCACAUAGACUGUCUAUUCAUGAUGAUACAAGAGACCAGAUGCUGGAAUCCAGAUGAAGGCUGUUGACCCAAAACGUCGACUGUCCAUUUUCCUCCACAGAUGCUGCCUGACCCACUGAGUUCCUCCAGCUUUUUGUGUGUUGCUGUGUAUUCAUGGGUUUCAGUGUUAAGAUACUGGAAACUUUGUACAGUUAGGCUGUCCCUGGGUAAUGAAUGGGUUCUGGUUUUACAGAUAUACAUAAGUCGAUUUUGUCCACAAGUCAAAAAUACACAAAAAUCACUCGAUAUGGUAACCAUACCUCCACAGUGUUGUAAUGAAUGGCAUCAGAAACACAUGAGACUGAUCAGAAAGAACAAUUACUAGAAGUUGAGGGAGAGAGGAAACUAGUUUUGCCAUUCAUGGGAAUGUAUGUAUGAUCUAUGUACAUCGAACUUUUGAAUUUCAAUGAUAUUAUGGGAGCUUGUUUGUGUGUAUGGAUAUCUGUAAGUCAGGCGUUUGUAAUGUGGGGACUGCUUGGAAGGGAAGUUCAUCAGUGGGGUACAGCAGAGAAAAUUGAGAACUAUUGUUCAGAAGGAAGUAGUUUAAGCAGGCACUGGACAAAGAUAUUUAAAAUACCACAGACUUUUUCCACUGUAAGGCCUUUGGGCCUGAGAAUCAGUUCAAAACAACUAUUCUUUGCUGAAAUUCAUUCAGUCGGAGUUUGUCUCCAAAUCUGUCGUCAUUUUCAUGUUGCCCGCUACCAUUCCGCUGUCUUUCUCACCUCCCUGCCAUAGAUAGGUCCUGCUGACUUUUUAUCUCUCAUUGCUUCCAUGGCUUUGAUUUUGAUCCUUCUGAGUUUAAGUAUCAAUAAUUUUCUGUGCUGGGUGAACUCUGGACUGAUCACUCACAGAAGGAUGGUGCCAAAGAAUAAUGAGGGCAGAGAAAGGUAGCAGGCAGUGACAGGGCUACUUGGAGACAGCUUGCAAGGGUUGUCCACAUGGAGUGAGGCAGGAGAGAUGACUGAGAAGGCCAGAGACGAUUACAGUGUUUUCAGUCUAAUACCAGUGACAGAGCUGGGAGACAGCCAGUUGCCAGUACUGUAUAGAAUGAAAUCAGUUGAAUUCCUGCAACACUGCCUAUAUUGGCAUUGGUUGCAAGCUCUGUCAGUCAAACACAGAAUUUAGUGGUCAUACGAUUAAUACUGGAAAAUGAAAUCAUUAGCAAGUUUUGCUGAUACUUGAACUGUUAUCUGCAUUAAUUUUUGUUGGAACAAACACAUUUUGUCCAUUAGUAAUUGCAACGAUAUUUACUGUUUUGUAAUUAAUUCAUGGAUUUCCAGUGGUUUGAUUACAGGUAGUGCAGGGCUAUACCUGGAACAUGAUUUCUAAUGUUUUUUCAUGAUUCUGUGACAAUCAAAUGCAAUAACUUACCAAAUGCUGUAUCAGCCAGUUUAUUGAAGUAAUAUAUCACAUAUCUCAUUGCUUGUGUUGAAGGGUACAAGAAUCAGGUUUAUUACCACUGACCUAUGUCAUGAAAUUUGUUGUUUUGAGGCAGCAGUACAGUGCAAGACAUAAAAAUUUACUGUAAGUUAUAAAAUAAAUAAACUCUGCAAAAGAGGAAUAAUGAGGUAGUGUUCAUGGACCAUUCAGAAAUCUGAUGGCGGAGGGGAAGCAGCUGUUCCUAUAAUGCUAGCCUCUUAGAUAUUGACUAAUUAGUUUACAGAACUUGGUUAACCUGAAAAAUAAAUUUCUUUUCUCUUAUCCCAGUUGUGCUUGUUCUCAAGUAUAUACAUUUUAAACUUUAUGCUAUAUAUGUUGAUAUUGUAAAUGGGUUUAUAAGGUAUGUAUUCACAGUUUCAUUAUACAUUGAGUAUAGUGUAAAUGUUUCUCUUAGGAACAUGUAGAGUAGUAGACCAGUCAAGUUAGUUCAGGGAAAUAAAUCAGAAAAUAUAGUUGAAUAAUAGACUAAGGGAGCUAGAGGACUUGAUCUGAAACAGUCACCCUUUUCCUCUUAUUUUUCUGUGUCUUUUUGAUGAAAAUUAUUCCCUUAGUUAACUGAAAUAUAAAUGCAAACAUAUUACUUGUGUAGAAAUAAAGCAUUACAGAUGCUGGAAAUCUGAAAUAAUAAGUGCUGAAAUACUCAACAGGUAAGGCAGUAUCUGUGGAGGGAGAAACAAAGGUAACAUUUCAGGUUGAUGUCUGUUUUGUUUGGAUUAUUUGUAGUAUUUAUGCAGUGAUUUACUCAAUGUGAGAGUCUUCAUCUGGUAAUAUUGUUUCCUUAAUAAUUCACAAUUUAUAGAUUAAGGAGAUGACCUUACUAAUUUUUUUCAUCUGACUGGAAUGAAUCUUGAGGUUUAUAUCUCCACUAUUCCAACUGGAAAACCAUUUAUCUUAAAUUUUCUUCUCAUGAGUUUUAAUGUAAGGUGCAAGGUUUUGGUAUUUUGGUGCAUCUACGAAUAGGCCUCCAUACUAACCUCAUUCAUGCUGUUUAUUACCCCCAUGUGCCCUCCACCCAAACCCCUUCAAGCUGUCUAUUUCAUGCCUCUAUACUUGAUGCUCAUAACUCUGUCCUUUGAUAAGAUGUCUUUAUUAGUCACAUGUACAUUGAAGCAACUUUUCUCUGCAUAGCCCUCAUUGCUUGAAUGUCAUCCCUGUCUUGGUGAUCAAAACUGAAAAUUAUUUUCAAAAUGCAGAAGAAUUUGUAGAUUAUUAAAUGCCUUUCAUCCUGAUACUUUCUAUCAAUGACAGAUUCUUAAUGUUGAAAUACUGUAUCUGUGCCUCAGUUGAUUUCAAUUACAUCCUGUGAAUCCAACUGCUGGAAUUAAAACUGACUCUGCUGUAUAUUAAAUGAAAACUCAGAAUAUGUAACAAUUUCUUUGGUGUAGUACUGUAUGGACAUUUCAUGAACAAUGCUGGAAAUGCACUUAUUGCACUCUGCACUGUCAAGUGAGUUUGAAAUUUCUGGUUAUAUUGUAUCCAGAAAACUGAUUUUUUUCCAUUCAUUUAAAAUUACCAAAUCUAUUAAAUAUUUAUUCAGCACUCAUUUGCAUUUAUAUAAGAUUAAAUUUAAAAGUAUUUGUCACAAUUAAUUGAAGUAAUUAGAUAUUGCAAUUAAAAUUAUAAAUUAAACAAGAGCAUCUUGA